AUGUCCCGAAGAGAAUCGGGUGAAGAAGCUGUUCUCGGUUUGAGCCGAGCUGCAGUCGCGUCUGGAAUUGUUGGUGGUAUUCGACCAUUAUCCCCAACAAGAAAAUCCUCCUGGUCAACUCGUAUUGAAGGAUCAAAUCGACGAUCUUCGAUAGCCCAACUCGUAUUUGGGAAUUCUACACUUGUUAAAGGAAAUUCGGGACAACUACGCGAUUGGGCUGACAACGACGUUGAAAGUGCUGUAUCAGCCGGAAAUUCGGGACAACUACGCGAUUGGGCUGACAACGACGUUGAAAGUGCUAUAUCAGCCGGUGAGGUUUUCUACUUGUAG